AUGUCUUUAUCCUCUAAUUGUGAAACUUCAUACGACACAGAUGAUACAUUAUCUGAAGAAGAGUCGAUUGAAGAGGCCGAAGAUACCCCCUCUAACUUUUCCCUUCCGUUCACCGAUGAUGGUGCCCCGAAUACUACACCGAAAGCUCAAAACAAAGCAACUCAUGCCUGCUAUACCGAAAUCAUGGCAAUGAUGAAGAAGGGUCAUUUUUCUAGGAACCAGUUCCUCCUUUUUAUGAUCGAUAAGCAUACAGGGCAAAGGCAGACUGGAAAGCAUCAACUUGUAGAAGGGUUUCUUCUUGAUAUUCUCCUUGAUUCCGACACGCAACGCUAUAUCAUCAAGCAUAAGCCUAAGCGUAUUCUUUCUAUUCUUCGACAUGUCUUUACCUGCAUCAUCGCAGAUGAAUUUGAAAACCUGAUGCAAGACGAAUCUCAAUUUUUUGGGGCAUGGGACGCUGAAAAGACCCCUGGGAAUGUUGGAAGCAUGCACCAGAUUGUCCGACAUAGGGCACCAUUAUUCUUCUCUAUCGUUGAGUCAGUUGCCCAACCCUAA